AUGUUUCUUAAUUUAUUAUAAUUAUUUAGAGGUGAUAAGUAAAUCGAUCAUCCAAUUCUUGGUUAGAUGUCCUGCAAAAGCUUAUAAGAAGCAUACAAAAACUGUAUGAGUUUCAUUGAUAAUGAAUAGUAUCAAUAAAAAUAAUGUCGCCCUUAUUAUAAUUUAUGUAUAUUGCUAUUUAAUUGUUUAGCUAUCUCGUGUUUCUAAGCCAAGGACGAUGUAGAAUUUUCACAAUUCAUUGAUGAUAAAAUAGACGAGAGAAGAAGACUCGUAAAAGUAAACUCAAUCUUUAUUUAAGUUCUUAAGAGAAAAUAAAUCCUAAUUGCCAGAAUUGUAAAAGUCUAACUAAUAACAAUUUUUUAAUUUAUUUCAAUUUGUAGAUGAUGAAGAAGGACAAGAAGAACAAGCCAAAAACUUUUAUCAAAAAUAAUAACAAGAAAACAAAAAGUAUCUAUGAAUAAGUAAUGUAUUUACAAGAAUUUUCA